CCCUGCCGCUGCCCGUCUGCGGAGCGCAAGGAAAAGUGCCGGCGGAGGGGGUGCAUAGCAACAGGGCUCUGGGAUGAAGAACAUUCGGCAGCAGCAUCUCCGCAAGCCUGUAACACCAGACCUCUUGGUGAGCCCGAGCAGUCAGGACGGGGACCUGGGCUCGGCGGAUCCCGAGGACAGAGGGAACUGGACGGGGCGGCUGGAUUUCCUCCUGUCCUGCAUCGGGUACUGCGUGGGCCUUGGAAAUGUCUGGAGGUUCCCGUACAGGGCUUACACCAACGGAGGAGGCGCAUUCCUGGUUCCUUACUUCAUCAUGCUGGCCAUUUGUGGGAUUCCCAUCUUCUUCAUGGAGCUGUCACUUGGGCAAUUCUCCAGCCUGGGGCCGCUUGCUGUCUGGAAGAUAAGCCCACUCUUUAAAGGUGUUGGCAUGGGCACGAUCCUGAUCGUCUCCCUGGUGGCCAUUUACUACAAUAUGAUCAUUGCUUACGUUCUCUUCUACCUCUUUGCAUCCCUAACAAGUGACUUGCCAUGGCAGCACUGUGGCAACUGGUGGAACACUGAUCUGUGCUUGGACCAUCACAUCAUCAAGGCAGGAAAUGCCUCCUUCCCUGUCAACAUCUCCAACACCGUGAGCCCCAGCGAGGAGUACUGGAGUCGGUAUGUUCUGCACAUCCAAGGGAGCUCUGGGAUCGGGGAUCCCGGGAGGAUCCGCUGGAACCUGUGUCUGUGCUUACUCCUUUCUUGGACUAUUGUGUACCUGUGCAUCCUAAAGGGAGUGAAAUCCUCUGGUAAGGUUGUGUAUUUCACCGCCACCUUUCCUUACCUCAUCUUGAUGAUGCUGCUCGUCCGCGGUGUGACAUUGGAGGGGGCCUGGAAGGGCAUCAAGUUUUAUCUCACACCACAGUUUGAUCACUUGCUGUCUUCCAAGGUGUGGAUUGAGGCAGCCCUGCAGAUUUUCUACUCACUUGGUGUGGGCUUUGGGGGCCUCCUCACCUUUGCCUCAUACAACACUUUCCAUCAGAAUAUCUACAGGGACACCUUCAUAGUGACCCUGGGCAAUGCCAUCACCAGCAUCCUGGCUGGAUUUGCCAUCUUCUCUGUCUUGGGAUACAUGUCCCAGGAGCUCGGGGUCCCUGUGAACCAGGUGGCAAAAGCAGGUCCUGGCCUGGCUUUUGUGGUGUACCCUCAGGCCAUGACAAUGCUUCCCCUUUCUCCGUUCUGGUCCUUCCUGUUCUUCUUCAUGCUGUUAACCUUGGGCCUGGACAGCCAGUUUGCCUUUAUGGAGACCAUCGUUACAGCAGUGACAGAUGAAUUUCCCUACUAUCUGAGACCAAAGAAAGCUUUUUUCUCGGCUGCCAUCUGCAUUGCCCUCUUCCUGAUGGGGCUCAUCCUCACGACAGAGGGUGGGAUGUACUGGCUGGUCCUACUGGAUGAUUACAGCGCUGGUUUUGGUCUCAUGGUGGUGGUCAUCACUACCUGCAUCGUGGUGACACGUGUCUAUGGCAUUAAGAGGUUCUGCCGAGAUAUUCACAUGAUGCUGGGCUUCAAACCAGGGCCCUACUUCAGAGCCUGUUGGAUGAUCCUGUCCCCAGCAACGAUGAUGGCGCUGCUGGUUUACAAUAUCAUCAAGUACCAGCCGUCUGAGUACGGCAGCUACGCUGUGCUCCGAGAAGAAGGAACGCUGUGGGAGCGGAUCCGGCAAGCCAGCCGGCCCACCAUGGACUGGGGCCCAUCGCUGGAGGAGAACAGGACUGGCAUGUACGUGGCCACCCUGGCCGGUAGCCAGUCCCCCAAGCCGCUCAUGGUGCACAUGCGGAAAUACGGAGGCAUCACCAGCUACGAGAACACGGCCAUCGAGGUGGACCGGGAGAUAGAGGAGGAAGACGAGGAGUCCAUGAUGUGAGGAGUCCUGCAGCCCCAGGGGCUAUGGGGGUUGUCACCCCAAAACUUGCACAGGUCACACUUGGGCACUUCAGGCUGGCCUGUG